GUCGAUUUCCUUCCCACAAACACUGACACGCAUUCACCGGUCAGCUCGGCUUGUAGUUUUUCACCCACCCCUUCCCUCCACUCCACUCCCAGGUUAACGUGUGUCUCUGCUGGUUUAUGAUCGCCCGUUUGUUCAGUAACGUGUCUCAGAGGGUGCCGAGCUUUCUGUACCGGGUGUCGCUGAUGAUGAAUCCGCAGGUUGUGUUCGUGCUGGGCGGGCCUGGCGCCGGCAAAGGGACCCAGUGCUCCAAAAUCGUGGAGAGCUACAGUUACACCCACUUGUCAGCUGGGGACUUGCUGAGGGAAGAGCGAGCUAGAGAGGGGUCAGAGUUCGGACAGCUCAUUGCCAACUACAUCAAGGAGGGCAAAAUCGUCCCUGUGGAGAUCACCAUCAACUUACUCAGGAAGGCAAUGGAAGACACAAUGAAUCAAGAUGAUAAAAAGUUCCGUUUCCUCAUAGACGGUUUUCCCCGUAAUGAGGACAACCUUCAGGGGUGGAACUCUGUCAUGGAUGGCAAAGCAGAUGUCAAAUUUGUGCUUUUCUUUGACUGCGGCAAUGAGGUUUGCAUCGACAGAUGUUUAGAAAGAGGGAAGAGCAGUGGACGCACAGAUGACAACAGAGAAAGCUUGGAGAAAAGAAUCCAAACCUACCUGCAGUCUACACAACCAAUCAUUAAACUGUAUGAGAAACAAGGAAAGGUGCGCACUGUAGACGCCUCUCGUUCUGUGGAUGAGGUGUUUGCUCAAGUGAAAACCAUCCUAGACAAAGAGGGUUGAGUUUCUCCAGCUGCCAACAACAUUUAUUUACCUUUUUUUUUUGUUUUCUUUUUAUCAACUGCAAGUACACUAUAAUAAGAUUAUGUGUCUGUUCCUUUUGAAUUUUUACUUUUGGUGACUUUUUUCCCCUUGUUUUCCAUCUCUUUUGUAAACGCUGCACUGUUUGUGAUGUGUGUACAAUAUGUAUUGGUGUGAAUGAGAGGUGGAGACACCUAGCUGCUACUUGUGACGAAGUAGUUCAUUUUCAGAAAAGCUCAUAGCACCGUUUUUCAUCAUAGUUUGAGGCCCUUGCAUAGUAACAAAAUGGAUCGUUUGCUUAGAAAGGUACUUUUUCUGUCAACAAUCAAACACACUUCUAGUAGUGGUAAGUAGUAAGUCUCUACAAAAAUGGUAUAUAUCACAAAUGUCUUCAUAGUAUCAUGUUAUUGGAAGCAGCCAUAAUGCUUCAGACCAAAUUGUGUUUUGACCUGAUAAUGACAGACUGGGAUUGGUUUAAGACUAGACGGAACAGCCAAUCGCCUCCAAAUAAAAUGUAUAAAACAUCAGGUUCAUGUUUAAUGGGCUGCAACACAGGGCCAUGACCAGUUGCUUUUGUGUCAUCUAGCGUUACCAGGCAUAUGUCUCUGUGAUAGAUGGCCCAUUCUUUAUCACCUCGAUGUGCUUCAUCAUAGCUACGACUCGUCAGAGAGAGACCAUGGAGAUAAAAAUGAACAUUUAAAUCUGUACUGUAUCUGCUUGAGCGAGGGGACAUAAAACUGAAGUAAAAAAAAAAAAUUUUCCCUUUGUGUUUGGUCAGUGUUAUGCAAGGGUUUCCUAUUCAUACAGUACAUGCUUUUAUUUUUGUACUUGUCUCUGUGUAUAAGUAUAUUGCUGGAGUUAAUUCCAUAAAAAGAUUUUGAUCAAGUUAUUAAAUCCUACACAGCCUUUUA